UUGAAGACUAUCAUGCCUGUUUAAUGAAAAACUGGCUGGCUCUGGCUACCUUUCGGAGCAAACAAAAGAUCCCCAAAUCACACUGCCUGUAUGAACAAACAAACUUUGUACAACCAGCUUACGUGGAGAAGAUUCUAUAUUCUAUGCCAAUAGACUCGUGACAUCCAUGUACUGAGUCGUCAAAUGAGCCACGUUAAGAAAGCCCAAGCUUAUACGCAUUGGCCCACGGGGUGCCCAUCUUCAAGAAGGCCCGAAUGAAAGACCCAAGCCUACAUGAACCAUCACAAAGAAAGUCCUACAAAUGAAGACUCGGGCCUGUUUCGAUGAAACCUCGAUGAAAGCCCACAGAAGGGCCAAAGCACAACAAGCCUACCCAUCAUCAAAGCAAGCCCAAGCCCAUGCAAGAAUGACCUCAUUGUCAUGGAAGCCCUUUCCUUACUCCUCAAUAUAGUCUAGGAUAACGUUUUUCUGACCAACUCUCAUGGCUUUAGGAAAAGGCCUAACUUCUUUUCCUAAAGCCCCAACCACCAGGACCGGAGAAGCAGCAUCUGAGAAGUCAAGUCUCAUCCCAAGAACGGGGGUACUUUACAUAGCUAUGAGAAGCAGAGAGGGAGAUCACUCCUUGGUUACUCCUAAUUUCCUAAUGCCCAAACCACCAAGAGCUGAUUCUCGGCUUGGCUACGCUAUUCUAUUAAGUGGGAGAAAAAUCCGUACUACGAUUUCUGGGAAGGAAGACCAAGUUCAGUCGGAACCGCAAGGGAGCGAAGUCACUGCUUGUGUUUUUAGGGGGAAGAGACGAGCGAAAGGCUUCCAUGCUGAACAGCCUGGUAAAGUACCCUUGAGAUUCGACUUUCCUUGCCAACUGAUCCUUCAUUGGCGUAAGGAGGUGGUGACUAGCUUGAAGGUGGCGAAAACUCCUGGUCUUCAUUAUGGGUCUGACUUUCUUCUUUCACAUCUUUGGGACUUAUCCGCGGCCUUAGGCCGAGAAAUAGGAAGAACUGCAGUUGGAAGAAGGACAUUCAUUAUCUUAGGAAAUGGCGUAACCGCAGCAAUUGAAUCUGCAGUGGCAAAGUGGUCAGUGGUCCUUUCGUAUAGAAAUACGUUGUUGAAAUUCCUCCUAUUGUCACAUCGACUCUGAACUCUAUUUACGCUUAGCCGGGAACAAGAUCUUUGUUUCAGCAGAACUGAUUUAAGCUAGUGGGACUAUAGUUUCUGUUUGGCAACUCGGAAGUAAGGUAGCUUUAGUGAAGUCUGGCAGAAGUACUAAAGUAUGUAGCAAAUGUCGGCAUAUCAGCAUCCGUGCAGGUAGUUCAAGGCUGAGGUCAAGCUAUGGGCACAAGGAGGUAAGGUAUAGUAAGUUCCUUCUUUGUCUUUUGCUUGUCAUUGGAUUGGAAGCCGCAGGCGAUGCCUUCUUGCUUGUGUAGUUGGCCUUGCCUGCUUAGUGCGGAAGUGCGUAAAGUAGGCUCAGCUUCUUUGGUUCAGUCUUUGGUAGUAGGUGCGAUAUUGAAGGAGUUCAGGGCUAAGGGCUGGAGCUUUAUUCCCACUCCCAGUAGUCUGUCUUCAGUAGUUCGCUUGGAAAGUAGUCUUUCAUAAGCAGGAGCGUAGCGCUUCGCAGGUGAAGGUGCAGGAUUUGCUUCUUCCCUUUAUAGUGGCUUCUGUCAUUUUCACAUAAAUGUUAUAAUCCUAU